AAGUUCCGGCGCCGUUGCUAUGGCGACCGCGGGGGAGGCGGCGGCGCUGGUGCUGGUGGCCGCGCUGUGGGGCAGCACCGGGCCCUUCCUGCGGACGGGCGCGGCGGGGCUGGAGGAGCUGCGGCACCGGGGCCGCCUGCGGCAGCUGCUGGCAGAGAUCAGCUUCCUGGGCCUCAACUACAAGUACAUGGUGCCCUUCCUGCUCAAUCAGUGCGGAUCGCUCCUCUUCUACCUCGCCUUGGCAUCUGCAGACCUGUCCCUGGCGGUACCGCUCUGUAACUCCCUGGCUUUGAUUUUCACUCUGGUGACUGGGAGGAUUCUGGGAGAGGAUAUCGGCGGUAAAAGGGCCGUGGCAGGAAUGGCGCUCACCCUCCUGGGUGUCACUCUCUGUGUAGCUGGUUCGUGACCAAGGCGCAGCGAGCAGAGGAAGAGAACGCCUUUAAACGUGACCCCGUGGCAUGAGGGGAGCUUCUGGCUCAGCAGCCGACCGCUGGGCUCUCAUUCUGACACCCGGCUGCCUGGAAGCAGGGAUUGGAUUCCCCAAGCACCAGGGUGGAGCAAGGCAUAUCGCAAGGACAUCCUAUCUAGUGUCUUAAGGAAUCUUUUCCUGUGGGUGUUUCAAAGCAGGGGUGGGAGGAGGGGGAAUAAAUGGUUAAUAAAUAAUUCAACUGGA